CACCAAAAUACAAGAAGAAAAGAAAAACCCGGAAAACGCACUACUACGCGCGCGCCCAAAAAAACCCGGCAUUCAGUGUGUCCAUUCAUUCAGUCAUUCAAACGGCGGCCACCGGUCCACCUGUCUGACCUGCCAAAACCCCGCUCCGACUCUCAGAGACGCGACAGAAACAACAGGAUGUGGAACGAGAAGAAACAGAGUCCUCCUCCUGUCGACCGAGGUCAGGUUGGCUUCAUCAUCUUCAUGCUGGGUCUGGGAACUCUGCUGCCCUGGAACUUCUUCAUCACGGCUUCUCAGUAUUUUAACGAGCGUCUGGCUGCUCCCAACACCACCGCUAACAGCACAUCAGGCGCCACGACUAAAAGCUACAACUACGACAGCUGGAUGGCCUUGCUUUCCCAGCUGCCCCUGCUGCUCUUCACCCUGCUCAACUCCUUCCUGUAUCAGUGGGUGAAGGAGAGGAUCCGCGUGGCCUUCAGCCUCGUCGCCAUCUUGCUCCUCUUCUCCCUCACCGCCGCUCUGGUCUCCAUCGACAUGCAGCCGGACACCUUCUUCUCCGUCACCAUGGCAACCAUCUGGUUCAUCAACAUGUUCGGUGCGGUGCUGCAGGGCAGUCUGUUCGGGGUGGUCGGUCUGUUUCCUCCUCGGUACAGCACUCUGUUCAUGAGCGGUCAGGGUCUGGCCGGGAUCUUCGCCGCCGUCGCCAUGCUGCUCUCCAUCUUAAGUAACGCAGAUAAAAGCUCGGCGGCGUUGGGAUACUUCAUCACUCCGUGUGUGGCCACUCUGGGGACUCUGCUGUGUUACCUGCUGCUGCCUCACCUGGACUUUGCUCGUUUUUACCUGAACAGGAGUCAGUCUGAUAACGUGGAGACGGCGCAGGAACUCCUCAGCAGCACCGACAAGAAAAACCUCGAAGCCAAGGGGAAGUCAGAGGAGAUUCAGGAGCGCUCCUCUGUCCUGGCCGUCUUCAAACAGAUCUGGCUGAUGGCUAUGUGUGUGACCUGUGUGUUUGCCGUCACCCUGUCGGUGUUUCCUGUCAUCACGGUGCGAGUUCAGACCGUCUACAAGGACAGCGCCGCCUGGACCAAAGUGUUCACCUGUGUUUGCUGCUUCAUCGUGUUUAACGCCAUGGACCUGGUCGGCCGCGGCACCCCGUCACUCGUCCAGUGGCCGUCGAAGGACAGCGUCCUGUUUCCCGCCGCCGUGUUUUCUCGUCUGGUCUUCAUCCCCCUGCUCAUGACCUGCAACAUCGAGAACUCCAGAAUCAUCCUCUUCAGUCACGACUGUGCCUUCAUCACCAUCAUGGCCCUGUUCUCCUUCUCCAACGGAUACUUAGCCAGUCUCUGCAUGGCCUACGCUCCACAGUUCGUGCGGUCUAAGGACUGUGAGACCGCCGGCACUCUGAUGACCUUCUUCCUGGUUCUGGGUCUGGCUCUGGGAGCGUCCUUCUCCUUCCUGUUGGGAAAACUGGUUUAGGAAACUUUACUGAUCCUAGUUGGGGAAUUCGGUCAAUGCCAAACUAGAGGAAGCACCAGUCAGAAGAACAGUCAGUCAUGUUUGUGUAUAAAUAUCAAUGAAAAUCAA